AUGGAAUUAACAGUUCGCUUGUCUUAUGCCAGAAGGAGAAUGGACCAAGGUAUAGGCAGAGGCAGAGGUCAAGGUCGAGGUAGAGGCCGAGGCAGAGCUAGAGGUAAGGGCGAACAGCCCGGAGCUGUAGAGCCUACUCUUGAGAUUCGUGAGGAGUUUGAGGAGGAAAUUGGGGAAAAAGCUCCUGCUGAGUUCUUGGAGGCACGGGGGCAUGGUGUUCCUCAACCACCACCGAUGCCACCCACAGAUCCCUUCAGAAUGUCCCUAUUGAUUCGUGACCUCAAGAAAUUGGGAGUUAAAACUUUUGAGGGUAAAGUCGAUCACAUGAAGGCGGACAGGUGGAUACGGAAUCUUGAGAACUACUUCAAGAUUUGGGUAUGA